UGUGGGGGACUUGAGGUGUGGCAGGAGGGGGUGAAACCUAGGGAAAUACAAGCUCUAAGCUUUGCUUGAGGCUAGGCCCAGUCUUAGUGUUGUAAGAUGCAAAGGUAGUGCCAAAUCACCGUCACUCUGUCCUUCCAUGAGUUCAAGGCUGUCAGUCCCUGGCACCUCACACUCCCACUGAGGCUGAUGCAACACCACUCUUGUCUUUUGAUCUCAAUCUGAUGAUUUAGCAGCACUCUGAAUGUAAAGAACUGCUGAAUUGCUAGAGCCAGUUGCUAAAUCACUUGUCCUUUUCUUGGCAGCAAUAAAGCUCUGCCCUGACCCAGCCUUGUUUUGGUUAUUAGGUCCAGUGGACUGGGGUGGCAGCCCAGCACUGUUGAGAGCAGAGUUUGAAGCCAGUUACAUGCUGAUGCUAGCAGUGACAAACGACUCAGGCAAAAGAGAUCAUGACUUCUGUCACAGAGCAGGAAGCCACCAGGAGCCUCAUGGUUUUCUUGCAGGAAUGGGAUAGUGCCCACAAAGUUGCACGAAGCUACAUAGUGGACAACUUCAUUAAAAGCAAUGACAGCAAGACAGAACCAGAACUGGAGCUCUCCCAGGACCAGCUGUUUCUGGCUCGCCUAGCAGCAUGGCUCAAGAUGACAUAUCUGCUUCCUUGGAGCUACACGUACAGCACAUGCCUCAGCAAACUGCUCAGAUCCAUUGGCAUCUUUUUAUCUGCUGCAAGCGGACACAGAUGCCUUAUCGAAUUCCUAGAGAUUGGAGGUGUCUUGAUUCUCCUGGAAAUACCAGGGCUGAACUACCACGAAGAAGAGGACAAGAGGGAGUCUGUAAAGCUGCUGCAGCUCAUCGCAGAUGCUGGCAGGAAGUAUAGGGAGCUCAUCUGUGAAAGCUACGGAGUGCAAUCCCUUGCCAAGUUCUUGGCCACUUCCAACUGAGCAGAGGCUCAAGAAGACACACAGAUUCUGCUGGACUCUUUGGGCCACAGCAAUCCCAAGUACCAGAACCAAGUCUACGAAGGCCUCAUUGCUGUGCUGCCAUGUGACUUCCCCCGAGCCCAGUAGCUGGAUCUGCAGACACUGCGGGUCAUGAAGGAUGUGGUGGGAGAGGUGCCCACAGCUGUGGUGGAGCUGGUGCUGGGUGUGCUGUGCUCCACACACCUGCAGGUCCAGCACGAAGCCAUCCAGCUGCUGAAGGUCCUCAUGGCCCAUCAGGUCCGCCCAGCGCUGCUGGAGGGGCUCGUGUCGUUCCUGACACCAUCCUGCAGGACAGAGCUCACCUUCCGCAGCGAGACCGCCAGAGACCCAGCCGCACUUGGCCUGAAAGAACCCAAGCUGGUGUAUACUCAGCAGGCAUCUGCUGCAAAAAUCGUUGGUGUCUUAGCCAAGGAGUCAGCAGAAGUGGCUGAGGAGCUGAUCCAGGUGAAGGUGGUACACGGCCUGAUGGUUGCUGUGGGGAACCUGCAUCAUGUGGUCAGCCAGAGAUACGCCAGCAUCUCCCUGGAGUAUUUUGUCCACACAUUUCCCUUCAUGGAGGAGUCCGUGAAGAAUGCAUUAGGGGACACACUGUUCCAGUACUUCAUGGUUGCUGCCAGACUAGCUUGUACAGGAAACAAUCAUCUUCAGAAGGAUGGCUUUCAUCAUGAAGUAUUUCCUCUUCCCAACCAGAUCUACCCACCACAAACUGCUCAGGAAGUCCCACUGCCACUCUAAAGUAAAGGCAGCAUUUCUAAGGUGAUACCACUGUAACAGAAUUACACAUCUGUAACAAAAAAUACUGGAGAUACUC